GUGCUUCGACAAAAGCGAACACACCGUCGUUUCCUUUUUAGCAGCUUGUAGGCAUCCUCUCUUUUCUCUCUCUUCAGUCCCCACCAUCUUCCUCACUUUUCUUAUUCUUAAAACCGGAGGAGGCAAAAUUGCUACACAAGUUCCAUUCAGAUAAUGUUGGUGUGAACUCUCUCUGCGUGUGUGUUAGUGUUUCUGGGGAUUGUGUUUGGGGAGGUGGAAAAUGGGUCUCUGCAAUUCCAAGCCCUCCCCAAGCCCCAGCGUGUCCGGUAGGAAGGAUGACCUUGUUGCUCAGCACAAUGACCAGGCUGCUGCGGCUGCUAAUUCUGUAAAUGGCGAAACCCCUAAGAAUCGGAGGGAGGAAGUGGAGGCUGGGAAGAAAUCACCUUUUUUCCCCUUCUACAGUCCGAGUCCAGCGCACUACCUCUUCUCCAAGAAGUCCCCGGCGAGAUCUCCAGCGAAUUUGAGCUCCAACUCCACUCCGAAGCGCUUCUUUAAGCGGCCCUCCCCUCCGUCGCCUGCCAAACAUAUCAGAGCUGCGUUGGCGCGGCGGCACGGCUCAGUGAAGCCGAAUGAGGCGGCUAUACCGGAGGGAAAUGAGGCGGCGGAGGGAGUGGCGGGGCUGGAUAAAAGCUUUGGGUUUUCGAAGCAUUUCGGGAACAAGUAUGAGAUUGGGGAAGAGGUUGGGAGAGGCCAUUUUGGGUACACCUGUUCAGCUAGGUUUAAAAAGGGUGAGCUUAAGGGUCAAAAUGUUGCCGUCAAGGUUAUACCAAAGGCCAAGAUGACUACAGCCAUUGCCAUUGAGGAUGUGAGAAGGGAAGUGAAGAUAUUGAGAGCUCUGACAGGGCACAACAAUCUAGUACAAUUCUAUGAUGCAUAUGAAGACCAUGAUAAUGUCUAUAUAGUAAUGGAGUUAUGUGAAGGAGGGGAGCUAUUGGAUAGAAUACUUUCAAGGGGUGGCAAAUACACUGAAGAAGACGCAAAGGCUGUCAUGAUCCAGAUAUUGAAUGUUGUCUCAUUUUGCCACCUCCAGGGUGUGGUGCACCGGGAUCUUAAACCAGAGAAUUUCCUGUUCACGUCUAAGGAUGAAAACUCACAACUUAAGGCCAUAGAUUUUGGCUUGUCAGAUUUCGUGAAACCAGAUGAAAGGCUUAAUGACAUUGUCGGUAGUGCAUACUAUGUAGCACCUGAAGUGCUGCAUAGAUCUUACACUACAGAGGCUGACGUCUGGAGUAUUGGUGUGAUUGCAUAUAUCCUAUUAUGUGGCAGCCGUCCAUUUUGGGCUCGAACUGAGUCUGGCAUCUUCCGAGCAGUUCUAAAAGCUGACCCAAGUUUUGAUGAGCCACCAUGGCCUUCUUUAUCUUCUGAGGCAAGAGACUUUGUCAGGCGUUUACUGAAUAAAGAUCCACGGAAAAGAAUGACUGCUGCUCAAGCACUUUGUCAUCCCUGGAUUAAAAAUAAUGACAUAAAAGUUCCAUUGGAUAUACUAAUAUUGAAACUCAUGAAGGCUUACAUGCGAUCAUCAUCUCUUCGAAAAGCUGCUUUAAGGGCUUUAUCUAAAACGCUGACUGUAGAUGAGCUCUGUUAUCUGAAGGAGCAGUUUGCUCUAUUGGAACCAAACAAAAAUGGCACCAUAAGCUUAGAAAAUAUCAGAGCGGCCUUGAUGAAAAAUGCAACGGAUGCCAUGAAGGAGUCUCGUGUCCAUGAUUUACUGGCAUCACUUAAUGCACUUCAAUACAGAAGGAUGGACUUUGAGGAAUUCUGUGCAGCUACAUUGAGUGUUCAUCAGCUUGAGGCUCUAGAUCGAUGGGAGCAACAUGCUCGUUGUGCCUAUGAACUUUUUGAGAAAGAUGGAAACAGGGCUAUUGUAAUUGAGGAACUGGCUUCGGAACUUGGCCUGGGCCCUUCUGUCCCUGUUCAUGCGGUUCUCCAUGACUGGAUUAGGCACACUGAUGGAAAACUGAGCUUCCUUGGGUUUGCCAAAUUAUUGCAUGGUGUGUCUAGUCGCGCUCUUGCAAAAGCUCAAUAAAAUUUUAAGCCCAUGCCAGACCUUGAAGAACUACCAGCUUGCCUUGGGCUGUUUUUGCCAAUAAAAAAAAGUGGGUAAUGAGGUGGUUAAGAUACUUCUGAGGCUUCAAAACUUUGGGGAUUUUCAUCACUGCAUCGAUGGGCCCCCCAGUCAUUUUGGGACCGUUUCUAGGUUUCUAUGCACAAGCUUUGUAUACACCCCUAACAGUUUGGGAGGAUCAACACCGUGGCCCUCGUUGCUUUUUCCACGUGAUAAUGUUCAUGUGUUUGUGUUUUUUCUGUGUAAAGCCGUAGUUAAGUGUGUAAUUGCAGACGAGAAUAUUUCUCAACUGGUUUAGUAGACAUUUGAUGUUUUGACUUUUGAACCGGCCUCACAUGUCGGAAUUGGCAUUGUAGCAUCAUCUGCUAUGUUCGAUACUUCCUAAUUCAAACGUGUUCCACCCAAA